CCUCUCAGGGGUGAUCUAUUGCAGCACUGGAUGCAGAUCCCUCGCUCGCAUAGCCGACGAUACGAGCAUCGAGAGAUGCUGCAAGACAAAGAAAGACGGAGACAAGCAUGCGAUGUCCAACCCAGGACUUCCCAGUUAAGCCAACCGAUAUGAUAGAGAUUGGGGCGACUCUUUAUUUAGUACAAGGAGACUAUGGAUCAUGGAUGCGCCACCUCCCGAACAUCAUGGUACUAGUUGAGGGAGCUGGUACUAUUAAUAUGAUUAAAGCCAGUGCCCAACUGCUAAGUCGAUUACUCCUGUCUCUCUUCACUCCUCUCACGCCAGUGAAGCCCUUUAUGGCAUUAAUAUCAAACCAGCCAAGGUUUUACAUGGGCAAGAGUCGCCAGAGUCCAGACCCAUCCCCGGUCCAAAGCCACCUGAAUGCUGCGAACGAACCCUUGCAGUCCGAGAUAGACAAUGCAGGGUUGUCCGUCGGCGGGAAAACAAAGGCUGUCAGAGCCAGCGAUCGAGACUGGUCCAUGGGAUCCCCGGAGUCCAUGUCCGCACGCGAGUUGAGUCCCCACGUUCGGCGGCUGGCGUCCGGGCGCUGCAGCCGAAAGCGACCAUGACGAAAUAAUGUUCCGGACUGGAGCCAUUCUGGAGAAAGCUGCGAGAUCCACCAGCUCAGGAACAUCAACAAUCAUCCAUCCACCUCCCAUCUCUUCUCUCUUCUCUCU